UAGCAUCUUCUGUAGAAAGUAGCGGUGGUUAAAAUUCAAUUAUUUUUUCGUGCCAAAAGAAAGUGAUGAAAAAGAAGGUUUCAGUACAGACCCACUAUCUUGGAUGCACACUCCGGAAUAUAUUCCUUUUCACAGCUGAAGAGUUGAUCAUAGAAGAUAAGACCAGAAGUAAUCUCACAAGCGAUCACAAUAGUAGUGCAGCUGCAGCAGCAUAUCAUGAGAAAGAAAAGCAAGCAAAUGCUCAUGAUGAAUACUGUGAUGCUAAUGUAUUUGAUGGUGAAUGGGUAAAGAUUGAAGACCGGAAACAGUAUUAUGAGGGUGGUUCUUGUCCGUAUGUCGAACCAUCACCUUACAAUUGUUACAUGAACGGGAGACCUGAUAAUCACUUCUUAAAAUGGCAUUGGCAAUGGCAGUCUCAGCAAACAAAUGCAAGAUGCAACAAUCUUCCCAGCUUCCUUGAUCCAACUGAUUUUCUAGAGAGGUUGAGAGGAAAAAAGUUGGUAUUUGCUGGGGAUUCUCUUAACAGAAAUAUGUUUGAAUCUCUAGUUUGUAUCCUUUGGAGUGCAAUUCCAGACAAGAGCAGAGUGUAUAGGAUCCCUGGAAAUGUCGAAUACAAUAUAAGAGGAGACAAUUCUUAUCGAUAUGAGGACUACAACUUCAGCAUAGUAUUUGCGUGGUCUCCAUUUUUGGUUAAUGAAACCAAUCCGAAGAAUCGUAGAGAUCCUGGACGCAGUAAGUUAAAACCGGAGGUAGAGACUCUAAGACUGGAUUUGAUUGACGAGCUAGCAUCAUCGGUGUAUCGAGAUGCUGAUGUUGUAGUUUUUGAUUCGUGGCAUUGGUGGAAUAUUGACAAAACUAAUCACGGGGAAAACUACUUCCAAGAAGGUAAUUACUUGCACCCAAGACUGAAGAUGGUUGAAGCAUACAAGAAAGGUCUAGCUACUUGGAGUAAAUGGAUUGACAACAACAUUGAUUCGAACAAAACCCAAGUUGUUUUCAGAGGAUAUUCAACUCCACAUUUCCAUGGGGGUAAAUGGAACACAGGUGGGAAAUGCAACAGGGAAACAGAGCCGAUCAAGGGCAGUGAACCAUAUAUAGAGAGGAAUCCUUCACAGGUGAAAGUACUAGAAGACACACUACGUCGAAUGAAGACGCCUGUGUUAUAUCUUAAUAUUAGCAAACUAUCUAAUUAUCGAGCUGACGGACACCCUUCCUUGUAUUCAAAGAAUUUAACUGUGCAAGAGAGAAUUGCAGCUAUGGAUCAUCAAGAUUGUGUCCAUUGGUGCCUACCUGGCGUACCUGAUACAUGGAAUGAGUUGUUGUAUGCUUCUCUCCUGAAGAAUCGUAAAGGAUCUUUUGGACGACUGUAGUACGAAAAAUGCUUAACUGAAUGGAAUAGCAAGAAACAUUACAUAAACCAGUAGUUAUCCAUGGCAAACGGGAAGGAACAAGAGUUAAUUUCUUGGUAUGUGUAUAGUACUAUAUGAUCCCACAAAGUCGCCAGGGCGUGCACUUUGUUUGGUAUUCAGAUUUCUGCAGCCUGUGCAAGAUGAAUUAGCUGAAUGUUAAAAUUAAGACGGUAUAUAUAUAAGAACAAGUGUUUUGAAAACUCGUCAGUAAAGAUGUGAAGUCCUUUCAUCAUUCAAACGUUCAUCCCAGUGGACCUGCCUGCAUUCAGCUGCAGAGUUUUCCAGUUCAAAGGUGAUUAACAUAGAGAUGUGCACGAGUAUGCACCAUAGAGGGCGUGCAGUGCACCCUACCACAGACUCUUUUGAAAAGGAAGAGUUAGCAUAGUUAUUCUGUAGUCAGAAUAAGUUCAUUUUCUAAAGUCCAGACUGUCUAUUUCAAUUGGUUGAUUCACUAAAGCUUCUUCUAAUGCGAAAGAGAUCUUAUUUACUACUAGUUUAUGUAUUCUGAACUUCAAAAUGGGUCUGAAAUCAAGGUAUUGGAUUUAGAAAAAGAAAUUC